AGUGGGAAGGAAGCUCUCCAGCCCAGGCCGGGCAGACGCCUCGCAGCUGCAAGCUCCAGCCCCCGGGGCGCAGCGCGGCGGCCACCAUGCUCAACAACCUGACGGACUGUGAGGAUGGCGACGGGGGAGCCAACCCGGGUGAUGGCAACCCCAAGGAAAGCAGUCCCUUUAUCAACAGCACUGACUCUGAAAAGGGCAAGGAAUAUGAUGGCAAGAACAUGGCUCUGUUUGAGGAGGAGAUGGACACCAGUCCCAUGGUGUCAUCCCUGCUUAGUGGUCUGGCCAACUAUACCAACUUGCCACAAGGCAGCCGGGAACAUGAGGAGGCUGAGAACAAUGAGGGUGGCAAAAAGAAACCUGUGCAGGCCCCUCGGAUGGGCACCUUCAUGGGUGUGUACCUGCCCUGCCUGCAAAAUAUCUUUGGUGUCAUCCUUUUUCUGAGGCUUACUUGGGUAGUAGGCAUUGCAGGCAUCAUGGAAUCUUUCUGCAUGGUUUUUAUCUGCUGUUCCUGUACCAUGCUGACCGCCAUCUCCAUGAGUGCCAUUGCUACCAAUGGUGUUGUGCCAGCUGGUGGUUCCUAUUAUAUGAUCUCCCGGUCACUGGGUCCUGAAUUUGGGGGAGCUGUAGGACUUUGCUUUUACCUUGGUACCACCUUCGCAGGAGCCAUGUACAUUCUGGGCACCAUCGAGAUCCUGCUGGCAUACAUAUUCCCAGCCAUGGCCAUCUUCAAGGCUGAGGAUGCGAGCGGAGAGGCGGCUGCUCUGCUAAACAACAUGCGUGUGUACGGCACCUGUGUGCUCACGUGCAUGGCUACAGUCGUCUUUGUAGGUGUCAAAUAUGUCAACAAGUUUGCACUUGUCUUCCUGGGCUGUGUCAUCCUCUCAAUCCUUGCCAUCUAUGCAGGGGUCAUCAAGUCUGCCUUUGACCCACCCAACUUCCCAAUCUGCCUUUUGGGGAACCGCACCCUCUCACGACACGGCUUUGAUAUCUGUGCCAAGUUGGCCUGGGAGGGCAAUGAGACGGUGACCACCAGGCUGUGGGGGUUGUUCUGCUCCUCCCGAUUCCUCAAUGCCACCUGUGAUGAAUAUUUCACCCUUAACAAUGUCACCGAGAUCCAAGGCAUCCCUGGUGCAGCCAGCGGCCUGAUCAAAGAAAACCUUUGGAGCACUUACCUGACCAAAGGUGUGAUCGUAGAAAAGCAGGGGAUGCCCUCCAUAUCCCUGCCUGAGGCAACUCCUGUCAACAUGGAUCAGCCCUAUGUCUUCAGCGACAUGACCUCCUAUUUCACCCUCCUGGUCGGCAUCUAUUUCCCCUCAGUCACAGGGAUAAUGGCUGGUUCCAAUCGCUCAGGGGACCUUCGUGAUGCCCAGAAGUCCAUCCCUACUGGUACCAUCUUGGCUAUCGCUACCACUUCUGCUGUCUACAUCAGCUCUGUAGUCCUGUUUGGAGCCUGCAUUGAGGGAGUCGUCCUGAGGGACAAGUUUGGUGAAGCAGUGAACGGGAACCUGGUGGUGGGUACCCUGGCUUGGCCCUCCCCAUGGGUCAUCGUCAUCGGUUCCUUCUUCUCCACUUGCGGUGCUGGGCUGCAGAGUCUCACGGGAGCCCCUCGCCUCCUUCAGGCCAUCUCCCGGGAUGGCAUUGUGCCCUUCUUGAGGGUCUUUGGCCAUGGCAAAGCCAAUGGGGAGCCAACAUGGGCCCUACUCCUGACUGCCUGCAUCUGCGAGAUUGGUAUCCUCAUUGCCUCCCUAGAUGAGGUGGCCCCCAUUCUCUCAAUGUUCUUUCUGAUGUGCUACAUGUUUGUGAACCUGGCCUGUGCAGUGCAGACGCUACUGAGGACACCCAACUGGAGGCCCCGUUUCCGCUACUAUCACUGGACCCUUUCCUUUCUGGGUAUGAGCCUCUGCUUGGCUCUCAUGUUCAUAUGCUCCUGGUACUAUGCCCUGGUUGCUAUGCUCAUUGCUGGCCUCAUCUACAAAUACAUUGAAUACCGAGGGGCAGAGAAAGAGUGGGGUGAUGGAAUUAGAGGACUAUCCCUCAGUGCUGCCCGAUAUGCCCUGUUGAGGCUAGAAGAAGGCCCUCCCCACACCAAAAACUGGAGGCCCCAGCUGCUUGUGCUUGUUCGAGUGGACCAGGACCAGAAUGUGGUGCAUCCACAGCUUCUCUCAUUGACCUCCCAACUCAAGGCUGGGAAGGGUCUGACCAUUGUGGGCUCUGUGCUGGAGGGCACCUUCUUGGAUAACCACCCCCAGGCCCAGCGGGCAGAAGAGUCUAUUCGACGACUGAUGGAGGCUGAAAAGGUGAAGGGUUUCUGCCAGGUGGUGAUCUCUUCUAACCUUCGGGAUGGGGUAUCACACCUCAUCCAGUCAGGGGGACUUGGGGGCCUACAGCAUAACACUGUGCUAGUUGGUUGGCCCCGGAACUGGCGCCAGAAGGAGGACCACCAGACCUGGAGGAACUUCAUUGAGCUGGUUCGGGAGACCACAGCUGGACAUUUGGCACUGCUCGUCACCAAGAACGUAUCCAUGUUCCCUGGGAAUCCUGAGCGCUUUUCUGAGGGCAGCAUUGAUGUCUGGUGGAUUGUGCAUGAUGGUGGCAUGCUCAUGCUACUGCCUUUCCUAUUGAAGCACCACAAGGUCUGGCGCAAGUGCAAGAUGCGCAUUUUCACUGUGGCACAGAUGGAUGACAAUAGCAUCCAGAUGAAGAAGGACCUGACAACUUUUCUUUACCACCUUCGAAUUACAGCAGAGGUGGAGGUGGUGGAGAUGCAUGAGAGUGACAUCUCUGCCUACACCUAUGAGAAGACACUGGUAAUGGAACAACGCUCACAAAUACUCAAGCAAAUGCAUCUGACCAAGAAUGAGAGAGAGCGAGAGAUCCAAAGCAUUACAGAUGAGUCCCGGGGCUCAAUUCGGAGGAAGAACCCAGCUAACACUCGACUUCGGCUCAAUGUCCCUGAGGAGUCUGCAGGGGACAGUGAAGAGAAGCCAGAAGAGGAGGUGCAGCUGAUUCAUGACCAAAGUGCACCUAGCUUCCCUAGCAGCUCUCCAUCCCCUGGGGAGGAGCCUGAAGGAGGAGAGGCUGCUCCUGAGAAGGUGCAUCUCACUUGGACUAAAGACAAGGUGGUGGCUGAGAAAAACAAAGGACCCAGCCCAGUCUCAUCCGAGGGAAUCAAGGAUUUCUUCAGCAUGAAGCCUGAGUGGGAGAACUUAAACCAGUCCAACGUGAGACGCAUGCACACAGCUGUGAGGCUGAAUGAGGCCAUCGUUAAGAAGUCGCAGGACGCCAAGCUGGUGCUUCUCAAUAUGCCGGGGCCGCCUCGUAACCGCAAGGGCGACGAGAACUACAUGGAGUUCCUCGAGGUCCUCACAGAGCACCUGGACCGGGUGAUGCUAGUGCGAGGUGGUGGCCGUGAGGUCAUCACCAUCUACUCCUGAGAGCAGGAACGCCCUCCCGGGCUCUUGGGGCCCAGCUGCCCUGGACCACUGGAUCUCCGUCUGCGCCGUCCCUGCCGCCACCGCCGUUUACAUAGACUCCCUUUCCCUGCCCGCGUCCCAAGCUCCCUCUCGCUGCCCAGCCCCAGGACGCAGGACUCUGAACCUAGGAGCUUUGGCUCUCCCUGAAGGAGGACUCGACUUGCUUCCAGCUUCCCCUUAUCUGGGACUGGGCCCCGAGAGACAGAUUGAGCCGGCCCCCUCCCCAUUUUUAUAUCUCCGCCCCUGCCCAAACUAAGGAGACGCUGAAGCUCUGGGGACAAGAAGAAAUCGACUGUGCUGCUUAGACUGGGUGGAGGCUACUACUUCCCUUGCUCGACCGCACUGGGAGCUGGGGGCCUCGGGGCAGGUCUUGGCACACCCUCGACGGCGCAAGCUAGUCCCUGGGCCAGGAAUCCCCGUCCCUGAGUCUCAGCUUUACCCCUCCUCCUUCACCCGGAGAAAUCAUUGGAGCAAACCAACGGCCAGCCAGAGCUGCGGCCUCUCCGAUCCCCUCAUGGCCUUCUUGAGAACCCUCCAGAACCCAUAGGACAGACAGUGCCGGGGGUCUGGAGCGGGGCUGGGGCCGAGUCGGGCCCCUGUACAUAGUGUACAGGAGACAGUCCGUGUAUUUUUAACGUGACCAUAUUUAUGUGACUAGAAGCGCAAUGAACUUAACUCCUCCACGCCAGCACUGAGCUUGCCUACAGGAGAGGCUGCGCUCCAGCUCGGGGGCAAGGAGAGGAGGCAGAAGACGGGAAGUAAUCUGGAACAAGGAGGUUGGGUUUAUAUAGAUCUCCAAGUGCUUAAGCCCAAACGGUCGAGGAAGUAGCUCCGAUUUCUUAGCUAUUAGGUAUUAGUGGAUCUCCCAGGCGACCCCGUCCCUUUAUCUUCUUUUCCCUUUCGCUCUUUCCUCUCACCUCUCUGCGCCACUCGGCUUCUAAAAUGUAAUCAGGGAAGAGAAGUCUCCAACUUUUUUGGAUUCAUCUCAUGCGGAUUUGAGCUUCCACUACGGCUGCAGUUGCUGAGAUGCGCGCUGUCCUCCCCCUCGUUCUCGCCCUGGGGCCGGGGCCUCUUAGGGUUUAGAAUGCUUCCCUCCUAGCGGAGGGCCCUAUGUACUUGGGCAAGAGCUGUAGUUCCCCCUUUCCCGCCCCGGUGCCUUCACCUGGGGAGCAGUAGCCCGGGCAGUCCCGCCGGUUCCUGGCUUGUCCCCUGCCUCAACUCCAGCCUCCGCUUCCUGGGCUCCUCGCCAAAGACUUGCCCGCGUCUGGCCAGCACCGCCCCCUACGUGUCCCUCCUCAGCGUUCCUCUUCCUAAUAUUACUCCCAUCCUCUGACACAGCUGCUCCUCUCCUCACCCUCCAAUUCCUUUCCGGCCAGGUUUUCAGAAUAAAUGCCGGAGGAGCUGCCCCAAGCAGAUUCUGGGAUGAGGGAUUGUUUCCUUCUUGCGAAGUUGAGGGGGUAGGGGCAUCAGAUUCCCGCCGGAGAGGCCGUGCAUCUAGCCUCUCUAGCUUCCAGAUUUGGUCCUUGUACCCGCCUCCAUUUAUCAAGUUCUCGUCGGGGGGGAUACGAACCUGUUCGAGCCCUGCUAUAGGUAGUCUGGGCAGCGGACCUUGGGGCCGAGUGUUUCUCCUCCUGCAUGACUUCCACUUUCAGAGGGAGGAAGAAGGUAGGAGGCCUGAAUGUGUUCUUGGCUCUGGAAUUUCACUUGUUUCUUGCCGACACCCAAAAUUAAUUUCCUCUCGGCGCUUGUGCCUCAUCCACAUCCCUAACCACUCCUCCACUGCCCUAUCUGUCCUCACCUGUUAACAGAGAUGGAGCUGUGAUUCUGUGAGACCUGACCCUGCUAGCCACCCUUCCUCAUACCUCCACCCCAGAGAGCGCCCGUUUGAACAGAAGGCACUGCAUGUUUGUCUGGUUCUGCUCCUGCACGCUGACUUCUGUGACUUGCAGUGCCUCCCCAUCCCAGGAGCACUCCCGAGCUAUCCGCUCCCCCCCACCCCUCCAUCUUGU